AUGACUGAGUUUAUCCGAGCGUCGUCCGAACAACUCGAAGGCUUUGAAUUCUCUUUACUUGUAGUGCUACAGCCUGACAACGUGAGACACCGAGUGACUGUCACGGCCGAGACUACGAUCGGAACGCUACGGAAGAUGCUGUGCGCCGACUUACAGCUCACUUCUGAGCUUGUGAGCUUCCCCGAUCUCCAUGGUCUUAGCGAUGCAGAUCAAAAGGAGGAAAAUCUACCGCUUUCAGCGUACGGAUUACCUAAUGGCAACUCGGAAUGCACUCUCGAAGCUUACGUCGCCAGACCAGCCACCACAAGCAGCUACGUCAUGCCAGACCGGAUACAAGUCCAGGUUUACAAUGAGGAUACCGAAAGUACCAGUAUUUUAACCGUUGAGAUUGACAAGUUCACAGGCCACAAAUUGUACCUCGGAGGCUUCAAACACCGUAAAACGCUACAACAAUUUCAUCACGCCUCCACUCAGACUGUUUUAUCACGAGCGCGUCACAAUAUGGGUCCGGGACGUUUCCACCGCGAGACCCAAACACAGCAACUCGUGACGCGCUCCUUGCAGACCCACCGGGAGUCCGGCACUCAAAUGUCUCGACGGGAUCUUAAGCUAGACGAGUCCUUCGAUCGCCACGUAACUGCACAUCCUUACUUUGAUUCGUACCAACUAGACAGUCUACGAGAAGACUCUGUGCUUCUCUUGCAGCGUCUGUGGCGCGGGUUUCGCGCUCGACUUUACGUCUUUAGUAUACGUGAACAGCGUCGUCGUGUGAGUACACUCGCAGAGAUCGAAGCCCAAGAGAACGACGCUGAUGACGUGAGUCGUCAACGUCGUGAAGUCAACCGUCGCAUGCACCCAAACACGGUGAGUGACUUUGAGAUUCUCUACAAUGAACUCGAAAAAUGGCGACAGGUUGAAUGUCGGAAAGUUCGUGAGCAACGAGAACUGGAUCCGUCCGAGAGACAGGACGCUCUUGACGCCAUUCUGGCCAAAGAGACCAAACUGCUUCAGACGAUUGACAGACUCAAGUUAACGGCAACAGAGGCCAACCGUAAGCAACGUAUUGAAGCCAUGCUGCAGUUUAUGGCACGUCCGAAGCAGUGGGAGAUGAGUGACGGAGGUGUAAAAGAGGUGCACACACCGUUCACUGUUCGCGCCAAAGAGCUCACGGAUCUGUACCAUGGUCUACGUACACCACUCAGUUCAGUGGACGAACGCUUGGACAUGUUGCUGCAUAUCAAGUGGACAGUGCAAGAGUUCGACUGUGCUCUCACUCGAGAGCUAGUGGAGCUUAUUGACCGUGAGGCGGAUAUGCUCAGUCGUGGACGGAAGGAGAAGAGUCUUGAGGGGCUACGCAAACGCCUCACAAACCUCUUUCUGCAGUUUAUAGAGACUCCAGAAUUCAAUCCGGAGGCAGCAGCACUCAAACACUCGCGCUCUUAA